GUGCGAAUAUUCUCUUUCCGUCUUUCUGCUCGUUAUCAGAUUUGGGAGGGGAGAGUGGGAAAGGGGAGGGAGGAGGGAGGAGGAGAAGUGUCCCAUAAGCAAAGCUCCGACACACAGCGCGCGAGGAAGCAAUUCUACCCCCUAAUUCCUCUCUCUCUCUCUUUCCGGCGCAGAUUGGAGACGGAACUCGGAGCUGAGAGAGGAUAUGGACAAUAAGAAUGUCAGAUUAGGAUCUAAGUUCCCGCUGAACCAUCGGGAGGUCGCCGGGGCUGCCUUAGUGCUUCUCGGCUUUGCCUUGGGCCUUCUCGGGGUUUACCUCACCAUGCCCGCCUCCGAUUACAGCUUCCUCAAGCUCCCCCGAACCCUUGACGAUCUUCAGAUCCUCAGAGACCGCCUUGAGGGCUACACCAGUGACUAUACUGUGCAGGUUCUGGUCGGUUACUGCAUGGUCUACAUAUUUAUGCAGACUUUCAUGAUCCCAGGCACAGUAUUCAUGUCGUUACUUGCUGGAGCUCUCUUCGGUGUUUUUAAAGGUGUAGCUCUCGUUGUGUUCACUGCCACUGCAGGGGCUUCUUCAUGUUAUUUCCUGUCUAAGAUGAUCGGGAGGCCCAUCGUCUUCUGCCUCUGGCCUGAUAAACUGAAAUUUUUCCAAGCACAGGUGACUAAAAGGAGAGAACGGCUGUUGAACUAUAUGCUUUUCUUGAGGGUGACACCGACUUUGCCCAACACAUUCAUCAACUUUGCAUCCCCUAUUGUUGAUGUGCCUUACCAUACCUUCUUCCUUGCAACUAUUAUUGGGCUCAUUCCUGCUGCAUUCGUCACUGUCAGGGCUGGAAUCGCUCUCGGGGAGUUGCAAUCAAUUGGGGACCUGUACGACUUCCAGUCGAUCGCGGCUCUCUUCUUCAUUGGCAUAAUCACAGUCACCCCUACGCUAAUGGGCAAGGACAAAUCAUCAUAGAGGUCCAUUGCCUCGACCUUGCUCAGGUGUACAUGUUUGCCUCGGUUCUCCAGUUUCCAAGAGCUGCAGGCAAUGGAAAUGGAGAAGUGUUAGGGGCUUGUGGGGUUGUGUAAAAUCUGCAUCUGAGAAUUGAGCAAUGUGGGGUUAAUUAAUGGAAAGCAGAAGGGGAAAUGGGGGGAUUUAGUGUCUAGUGGUGGCAGGUUCUUUUGUAUAUUUGGUGACCCCGAUAAUAGAUACAUUGCGAAAGAACCCUUUCAUUGCUGCGCUUCGCCCUGCAUUGUUCAAGCCUUGUUCUUUUGUUCCUUUCGGUACGGCAGAAUUGAAACACCCACAGUUUCGGGAUCCUGUGAUAUAUAUACUAUUCCAUUUAACAAGAA